AUGAAAUUCACCUUCACAUAUCAUGAUUUUUCUGGUAUGGCACACUCAGAAUGCAUUACUUUUCUUGAAUGUUUCAUGCAACUAGAUUGUAAGAAGCUAUACUACAGUGAGCCAGGUGCUCCCCUUUUAAGUGUAUGUAUGCUUAUCUCGAAUGAAAUGGAAUAUGCAGGUUUCAUCUUUGAUGCAUAUGGAACUAAUGGUCAAAUAUCUAUUUAUGUAGACCAUAUUGGUGAUGGAAUAGAUGAUAUGUUUGGGUCGGAAAGAGGAGAUGAUGACCAUGACUCUUGCAUUAGUGGGUGGGAUGGUGGCAUAGGUACCCUAAGGGAUGUGAUAAUGGAUUUUAAUGAGGAAAUAGUUGCUAUGAAUAAGACAUGUAAAGAUGAAUUCUUGAAUAAACUGUGUGCCAAAGAAGAGGGGGGACAGGAGGAUACCAACUAUGAUGUAGAAGAUGAGGAUGAAAGUGAAACCAAAAGUCAAGUUCAUGCCAUUUUUAAUGAGUCAACACACUGGAAGAAACAAAAUCCCAUACUUGUCCAAAAGAUAUGCUCGUGA